AAUUUACUAACCAAUCAAAUAGUAGUAACUUUUUUUUAACGUUUUUAGGUUUAUGGAGGCUCAAGAGUACCGUCCUUGUGAAAAAGAUGAAGAUGAAUUAGUAGUGGAAGGGAACAAAGUUGGAUUGAAAACAGCGUUAGAUGAUGAUCCAAAUGCACCAAAAGAGGACAAGUCCUUCCCUAAUUAUCAGACCAAAGUUACUGAUCCAACAGGCGCCAACAGAGAGGAGGCGGUAAGUAGUCCACUUGUAGAGUCAUUGGAGAAAAUGAGCAUAAAGGAAGAAACAAAGGCAGAGAAGAGUAAAUCAAGUGAUAAAGGCGUGUCAAUGAAGGGCUACAUAACAGAGAAAUUUAAGCCUAGAGAUGAAGAUAAGGCACUUUCUGAGGUGAUUUCAGGCAAACUUUCCGGGCGGAAGGAUAAAACUCAGGAAACUGAACAGACAAAGCCAACAGAAAAGGCGACACAAAAAGGCUCUGCCGAUGAACAGAGGGCAGCAGCCGCGGCAAUGCCAACACAUGUUGAAGGUGCAGGAAAGAGUAUGAUAGAUAGGCUUAAAGGUACUGCUAGUUCAUGGUUUCGCAAAGGAGAUGCAAAACCACCAACAGCAGCAGCAGCAGAAGAGACCCCUACUAGUACCACACAUGGUACUUAAUUAAUUAGGUUAGUAGUUAUAAGUGCUUUUUAUAUGUUUAUCAAAAGUUGAGUUGUUGAUGUUCUUCUAAUUUGAGCAAAGUGUAAUCAGUUGUGUAAAUAGUUAAUGGAGCUUCAUGUUUGU